ACAACUAUUAUGUUAGCGUUACUUUGCCGUGAAAACAAAGAGAGACAGAAAAGGGAGAGGGAAUAAUAAAAGAAAAGGAAAAAGGGAUCGGUAUUGGUGUUCUUCAAUAUCGCCCCAUUGAAACCCGAAGGAAACCUUCUCCCUUCAUAAUAAUAAUAUAACUAAAAAAAGGAAUUCAAUUCCGCAGCCCACAAACGCAAAAAAGAAAAACCAGAAAGAGAGAGAGCGAAGAAGAUGAACUGGAGAAGAGUAUUGAAAUCAGUACAGGCACUAGCGGCACACUGUCUUCUCUUCUCUUUCACUCUCUUGCUCGUCCUCAAGCUUGAUCACGUCGUCUCCUAUUCUUGGUGGUUAAUUUUCUUCCCUCUCUGGACAUUCCAUGUAGUUGUUGCUCGAGGAAGAUUUUCAUUACCUGCUCCAUCAGUUCCACGUAAUCGCCAUUGGGCGCCAUGCCAUGCAGUUGUGGCAACACCAUUGCUUAUUGCAUUUGAACUGCUUCUUUGUAUAUAUCUCGAAAGUGUUUAUGUUUAUCAUAUUGCUGCUGUAAACUUGAAGAUUGUCUUUAUUCCAUUGUUGGCAUUUGAAGUAAUUAUUCUAAUUGACAAUUUCAGAAUGUGUAAGGCUCUUAUGCCAGGAGAAGAAGAAAGCAUUAGUGAUGAAGCGAUAUGGGAAACAUUGCCGCACUUCUGGGUUGCAAUUUCUAUGGUUUUCUUUGUGGCUGCUACAGUCUUUACCCUUCUAAAGCUGGGCGGUGAUGUGGGUGCACUUGGCUGGUGGGACUUGUUCAUAAACUUUAGCAUUGCUGAGUGCUUUGCCUUUCUUGUCUGUACUAAAUGGUCUAAUCCAGUGAUCCAUAGAAAUUCUCGGACAAGAGAAGGUACUUCAUCUUCAAUGACGAUUAGAUAUCUUGACUGGAAUGGUGGCUUAAUGGUUUCUCCAGAGGAGAAUCAACACCAGGACAGAAUGUGUGGUCUACAAGAUAUUGGUGGCCAUAUCAUGAAAAUUCCCUUAAUUGGUUUCCAAGUUCUCCUUUGUAUGCGUUUAGAGGGAACACCUGCUGGUGCUAGAAAUAUACCACUUCUGGUUCUUUUCUCUCCGCUUUUCCUGCUUCAAGGUGCUGGUGUAUUAUUUGCUGCUUCUAAGUUGGCAGAGAAGCUUGUUCUUUUAUUACGGAGUGAAGCUGGCACUGGAAGAUAUUUUACAUUUUCCGCAAGAGCUCAUGACUGCUUGGGGUUCUUGCACCAUGGUUCCAGGCUACUGGGAUGGUGGUCAAUUGAUGAGGGAAGUCAAGAGGAACAGGCCCGAUUGUACCACAUGGGUGAUGCGAGUUAUAAUACUUUCUGUGGUUAUCCUCCUGAGAUAGUGAAGAAAAUGCCUAAAAAGGAUCUUGCUGAGGAGGUAUGGAGGCUUCAAGCAGCUCUUGGUGAGCAGACAGAAAUCACCAAAUACAGCCAGCAGGAGUUUGAAAGACUUCAAAAUGAAAAAGUUUUAUGCAGGGUGUGCUUUGAGGGAGAGAUCAGUGUGGUUCUGCUUCCUUGUAGACAUCGUAUCCUUUGCAGCACCUGCUGUGAGAGGUGUAAAAAAUGUCCAAUUUGUCGUGUCUCUGUUGAGGAGCGCUUAUCUGUAUAUGAUGUUUAGCUUCCAGCGUUUUGUAAUAUGGAUGAUGAAUUGGAGUGUGCAGAUAAGGUAUAACAGCUUUAGCAGGGAAGUUCUUUUUACAGCUGACCAGAACUUUUACUUCUGUGCGUUCCGCCUGUUCAAAUUAACAUAAUUGUGCAUUAGGACAUGUAGAGAACACGGUUGCUAGCACCUUUCCUUUCCUUUUUUUUUCCCCAUGAAAAAAAAUGUAAAUAGUUUGUUUUUAUUGGUGCAAGAUGCUGAAAAGUAUUUGCCGUGCCACAUAUACCCACUAAAUAUUUAAGAACUUAUUUCUGUGUAUAUUUUCUUUUGGCAGUGGAUGCUUGAAAUACUCUUCUAAGUUGUAAUGUAAAUACUGUUUGGUACUUUGAUUUCA